UAGGAACUCCAGAAUCACCUCCUGCGACGCGACGAAAGCGGCUGAGGAAGUUGAAAAAAGCACAAUGAAUUCCGACGAGUUAUCAGCUUAUAUAGAAACAAAAUAUAAAAAAGAAUAUGAGCCUGCAGGACACUGGCUUGCUAGAAAAGAGUUUCUUCUAAGGAAUUGGGCUGACUAUCCAGAGCGACAGAUUGUAUGCCUGUCCAUGGUCUGGUCAAAUAUGGAAUACGAUGGAGCCAAAUAUGCACCCGAAUUAAUGGAACAAGUACAAGAUCUGGCAAAAGGAAUUGACCCUCAGGCAUCACAAGAUAGUUGUCAAAUAAAAAGUACAGCAAACAUACCCCAAUACCCCUCAAGUAUGAAAAGAGCAGCUGAAGAGUGUGAUACUUUGUUACAACCUUCAUGCAGUAAAAUAAGAAAGCAAGCAGCCCCCCUAGAUCAUGUCCCAUCUGGCCAAUCAGAUUCUGGAAAUUCAAAAGAUACUGUUCCUAAGCAACUACCGGAACCAUUAAAACGCUUAAUUAGUAACCUACCGCCUCAGUCCAGUGUUCAACACUCAAACGCUGUUGAAACAUUUUAUAACUGUGCUAACCGUGCUAGAGUAAAUCCUGAAAUUGAUUUCACAGAGAAAAAAAGGAUUAAAAAGGCGAAAGAAACGAAACGAUUUUGGAUAUGUAGGUUGUACAUGGGAGAUUUGUUAAUAUCCUCAGCUGAGAACACUAGCAAGAUGUCAGCUAAACGUAAUUGUCUCAACAAUGCUAUGGCUCUUUUGUUUCACCCAGGACUUUACAUAAAGGAUGUUAGUUGUACCAGCUUAAAUGGUUGUAAACAUACAUCAGAGCUUUGCAUUAAUGACAAUAUCAAACAUUGUGAACUUGCAACUGGUUGUAAACAUACAUCUGAGCCUUGCGUUAGUGACAAUAUCGAACAUUGUGAACUUGCAACAGAGAGUAAUACAACAGAGUGUGAACAAAUUCAAGAUGACAUGUCCAACUCAUCAAAUUUAAUGGUUAACAAGCAAUCAUGUCCUAGUAUUACCAAACCUUUUGGUAAUUUUAUUCUUGUCGAAAGUUCUAGUAUCGAGUGUCCACUCAGCACACUUAUACGUUCAGCGGCAAAAAAUAAAAUUGAUAUAAUGUUUGAAAUUUCAGAGACAUUUGUUAAACAUAAUGAUGAGUUUGGGUAUUUGGGGACAUUAUUGCUUGGUGGAAAGGUGAUUGCACAGGCUAUUAAUCCAGAUAAAAAGUAUGUUAAGAAAUUAGUUGCUGAAAAAGCAGUGAAGCAAUUAAAGACAACUUGUUAUACUCUUCAGACAAAGUUUCACGAACAUAAAACUGCCCAGAGUAACGCCAUCAACAUGGAGUCUAUCAAGACAGGCGCCGCACAAAACUCAAAGAAGAUUACCUCUGGAAUUGGGAUGCAACUCAUGAAGAAAAUGGGAUGGUCUGGGGAAGGCGGCUUAGGUAAGAAAGGACAAGGUAUUGUGGAACCGGUAUCAGUUGAAGAACGAGGUCGACGUCGUGAUGGUUUUGGUGCCAUUGCCGCUGCUUCAACAGACACAAAUGCCUUAAAGGAGAUGGUGAAGAAUUUUGCUGUGUCAGGCCGUGAAGAUGACUUGGUAUUUUCUUCAGAAUUGACGAGUGAGCAGAGAAAGAUAUUACACAACACAUCUCAAAAGUACAACCUCAAAAGCAUCUCGUAUGGAAAGGGUGAAUCUAGAUACCUUAUCAUUGGCCACAAAAGAGAUAUUUAUGAGUUGGCUGAAUAUGUAGCAAAGAAUGGGGGUGAAACAGCGCAGUACACAUUGUUUCCCCCUCAACAAUGAAACCGAUUAAAUAUUGAUAUUCUUGAAUGCCUUUUUGCUGGUUGUAAACCAGCAAAUUUGGAGAGUUUAAUCUAUUUUUGUUCAUUACAUAAAACACUAUUAUAUGGCUUUAUGAAAUUAUGACCAUAUUUGGGCAAUUCCCACAAAGACAUAAAACCUAAUAGUGUACAUAGAGCCUUUAGCCCUGUCCAGACAAUUAAAUUUCAUUUGACAAAAACAUGUGACGUGCCUAAAUAUGGCCAUGUUGACAUCACAUCAUGACUAUAUAUGGGCAUACAACAGUUUUUUUUUAUCAAAGAAUAUGUGAUAAUGUGGACAUAGUUGUAUUAUAUUUGAUACUGUAAAGUUAGAUAAUAGUUUUUACCUUUAAAAAUGGCUUACAAACAAGGUAUACUUAUUAUAUUUCUCUAUAUGAGGCUAUGUUAGACCACAACUAAUCACAGGAUGUUUAUUGUAUAGAAGGAUGAUUAUGGGUAAAAAUUAAUGACCCAAGGCCACUUCAACUAAAGUAACUAAUACACUUUUAAGUUGCUAUACAGUAUUUCAAUAAAAAUUUGAUCUAUUACAUGUAUGUAGUGUAUUUUCAUUGCGUUCUUGAUAAAAAGGCGAAUAUUUCAGACAUUUAAUGCCCUGUCCAGGCUAUUAAAUUUUAUUUUACUGACAUGUCUAAAUAUGGUAAUGAUGACAUCAUAUUAUGACCAUACGCAGUACCGUAUUGGCACAUCAUAACUACAUAAAGUGUUUUCCCAAUUGAACAAAUUUUACUGGUAAAUUUGUUCAUAAGCCAGCUAAGCGCACGCAUCCUGAGGUAUUACUUCUUUUAAGUGGAGUUCAAUGGCUUUAAAAAAACAACAGUACUGUACAUAUAAUCAUAGCCUAGGCUUAGACUUAACAGUGGAAUGAUGUUCAUUAUUGAAAGAAGGCCAGCCUAGGCAAUCUAGUGCUAAUAAGUGUUUUUU